AUGUUCUAUAAGCCAUCAAAUCAUUGCCCUUGUUUUAUGUUGACUUCCACAGGUUUGGAUCACCUUUGUGCAUGCCUGGAUGACUUUUACCAAUCAGGAGGCAGAUGCAAAUCUUACAUCCCUGCGGACCAGCCAUGCAGAUCAUCAGAUGUCUGUACCCAUAAUGCAACAUGCAUGCCCAAUGAUUUCUGCAGGUGUAAUCCCACCUUCUACAACGAACAAGGCAAAUGCCACAUAGAGAUCCCGGCAGGCCAGCAGUGUAACCGCACAGAGCAGUGCACCUCAAACUCCCAGUGCUUUAUCAACGAUGAUUCUGGGGUGAGGGAAUGCACAUGUGAUCAACAGUUCCACAAUGAUCUUGGGAAAUGUCAGUCGAAUGUCGCAGUGGGCCUGGCCUGUGAAAGUGACAACCAAUGUACCCUCAAUGCCGAGUGUCAAUCAAACGGGUUUGCCCUGGUCUGCAGAUGCAAGUCUGAAUUCUAUGAAAGGGGAGGGAUGUGUGAGCAGAGGAAGAAUGUUACAGCCCUAUGUAAUGCCCCUGGACAGUGCAUCCUUGGGGCCCAGUGUGCACUGAAAAAUGGAAGAGCACAAUGUGAAUGUCUGCCCGGAUUUUACCAGGAAGGGUUGGCUUGUAGUCCUCGAAUCUUGCCGACUCAACCAUGCACAAAUCUAGGUCAGUGUGUCGCUAACGCUGAGUGCCAAAAUGCUAGCGACUUAGCCACCAACUCCAGCAGGUGUCUCUGCAGUGAUGGCUUCUACCAAGAUGGAGACACAUGUAGCAAGCUGAAAGAAGCUGGAGAACCAUGUCAGCUCGCUGGCUCGUGCGUUGCUAACGCAGCUUGUGAAGCACAGCCCGGUGGAAACAGAUGUACAUGCGACCCAGAAUACUAUCAAGAUGGCACCCGAUGUGAGCCACGGAUCAACGCAACUUUACCUUGUGUCCGAAUUGAUCAGUGUGUGAUCAACGCUGACUGCACAAAAGAUUUGGGCUCAAAGUUUUCAUGCAAAUGUUCAGAAGGUUACUACACAUCUGAGCACUUAGAAUGCCUGCUUUUGAAGAAUACAUCAUCAUCGUGUACCGCAACUGGUCAGUGCACCCUUGGAGCUGAGUGUCUAGGGGCUCCAGGGAAUCAGUCCUGUCAGUGUCGUGGUGGUUUCUUUGAAGAAGGAGAUUUGUGUCAUCGACUCAAAAAUGCCAGUGACGUCUGCCACAAACUUGGCCAGUGUAUUCUACAUGCCGAAUGUUCAGGACUAACCCUGGGCACCAAUGGAACUUGUGUCUGCGACCAGGAAUUUUACCAAGAUGGACAUGAGUGCAAGGAGCGUAUCAAUGCCAGUUUGCCUUGCCAGGGAACGCAUCAGUGUGUGUCAGGAGCAGAAUGCCAGUCUGAGAGAGGAGCCAAGAAAUGUGUUUGUGAAGAUUCAUUUUACAUGGAUGAGAUGAAAUGUAAACCCUUGUUAAAUGCCAGUCUGCCUUGCCAGGCUGUGGGACAGUGUAUCCAUGGAGCUGAGUGUGCAGCCAAUGAGACACAUCCAACAGUCCUGUAUUGCCAGUGUCAGCCAGGUUUUUAUGAAGACAGCAACCAUGAAUGCCAACCUCUUAUUAAAGGUAACCAGCCAUGUGAGGCUGAUUCUCAGUGUAUUUCUGGAGCUUUGUGUCAGGAAACUUCACGUGGAGUCAAGAAUUGUGUUUGUUUGCAGGACUUUUACUAUCAGGAUGAAGCUAACCUUUGUCAGCUGGUAAUUAAUGCCAGUUUGCCAUGUACGAAACCUGGCCAGUGUAUUUUUGGUGCAGAAUGUGAGAAAAACCUGACCACACAAAAUCUUACUUGCACAUGCCAGGAAGGAUUUUAUGAAAACCCAGAAGACCAGUUGUGCCAUGCUCUCAAGAACGCAUCAAGUCUGUGUGGUUGGGACCAACAGUGUGUACACGGAGCAGUAUGUGUGCAAGAUAACACACGGACACGGCACUGCACAUGUCUUGAAGAGUCUUACUAUGAAGACAAUAACAUUUGUAAGAACAGAAAAAAUGCAACAUCACCUUGUAUGAGCAACAUUGAAUGUCAGAAGGGGUCAGAGUGUGUAGAUGUCGGUCCAGGGACAAAUACUUCGAAUCGUCAAUGUCAUUGUAUGUCAGGAUACUAUCAAGACCAGCUGUCAUGUUUCCCGUUGAGAAAUACUUCAGAAUCAUGCACAGGAAAGGGUCAGUGUGUGCCAGGAGCUGAGUGCCAAGGGACACCACCUAACACUUCCUGCACAUGCCUGCCAGAUUUCUACAAAGAUGGCCCACUCUGUCAUCCCCUGAAAAAUGCCACCCAGGCAUGCCUCGAUGACCUUGAGUGCAUCAAUGAGGCAGCAUGCAUUAAACAAGCAUUCACACAGACCAGUGUCUGCAUGUGUAGACGUGGAUACUUUGAGCAAGAUACUGUUUGCAAACAUGUUCUAAAUGCAACAAUGCCCUGCUCAGAGGCAGGUCAGUGUAUAGUUGGGGCUGAAUGUAUGACAAACAGCUCUUCCGUUUCAUCGAUGACCUGCCAGUGUUUGAACACUCAUUUCCUCGACAAAUUAGGCUGCCAUGAACGUAAGAAUGCCACCACUGAAUGCUCAGCUCUGGGACAGUGUGUACCAGGUGCUGAAUGUCAACUGAUCACAAACCAGACUGCAGGCCAAACAGUGUCUCGGUGCACUUGCCAGGAAGGAUAUUUUCAGAAGCAGGAUCAGUGUAAUCCCAUUCUAAAUGCUACUGACCCUUGUGAGUUUGGCGACGUUUGUGCAACCGGUGCAUCCUGCCUUGAUGGACAAAAGCCUGUGUCCAGAGGGCAACAAGGCACUUGUCAAUGUACAAAAGAAUACUACAGAGCAGAUAAAUCAUGUAUGCCCUUGAAAAAUGCCACAGAAGCUUGCAUGUGGGACUAUCAGUGUGUGGAAGGUGCUAAAUGCUUGCGGCCUGAAGAUGCGCAAACAUGUAUGUGUGUUGGGGAAUAUUUUCAGUAUGAUAAUGUAUGUAAGAAGUUUGUGAAUGUCACAGACCCAUGUGAUGCUAAAGAUAUUUGUGUUGCCCACGCUUCUUGUACCCAGAAUGUUUUUGGUGAAUCAAGUUGUGACUGCAAACAAGACUUUUAUGAAGAAAAUAAACAUUGCAAGCAACGAAUUAAUGCUGGUCUCCCUUGCAUUAAAAAUGGCACUUGUAUGAUUGGUGCCGAAUGUGACGUAAGUAACAUAUGUUUAUGUACAUCCGGCUUUUAUCAAAGUGGACCAAACUGUCAUCCACUGAUCAAUGCAUCACGUUCUUGUGAUAUUACAGAGCAUUGUGUGGAACAUGCUGUCUGCAAGGGGGCUCCAGUGCAUACUUGUCAGUGUGAGACUGACUACUUUGAAACAAAUGGGAAGUGUAAGAAGACCAUUGAUGCUGGAGAUUUUUGCCCAGGAACUGGCACUUGCACUUCAAAUGCAGAGUGUGACAUGGCAGGCAACCAGACCUGUGUUUGCAACUCUGGCUUCUUCCUAGAGUCUGGCAACUGCCAGGAACUCGUCAGAGUAAACAGCUCCUGUUCUGGACCUGGCCAGUGUGUGGCCAAUGCCAACUGUGACCCAAAGCUUCUUGUGUGCCUGUGUGAUCCUGGCUUCUAUCCUGAACAAGACCAGUGUCGAGAGUUUCAGAAAGUUCAUGAACAAUGUGACGCUGACAAGCAAUGUGUCAGCAAUGCCGUAUGCACAGGAAAGACUAGUAAAGUGUGUGAGUGUCCUCCAGAUUUCUACACAUUGUUUAAUUCUUCCUGUGACCCAAGGAUCCCUGUCACUGAAGCCUGUAAUUCAACUAAUCAGUGUGUCCCCAAUGCCGUAUGUGAUGCUAACAAUGGCAGCAUUUGUAGGUGUGUGCCAGGUUUCUACCAGAAGGAUGGUCAGUGUCUUCUGCAAAUUGAAGCUGAAAAACCUUGUCAAGUAGGCCAGGUUGGACAGUGCGUACCACACGCAAACUGUGAUUAUAAUACAAACUUAUGCAAGUGUGAUCCAGGAUAUUACAACCAAACAGGAAGUUGUGAGGAGCUUGUAAAACACAAUGGUAGUUGCCAAGAGACACGACAGUGUGUGACACAUGCUGUAUGUUCAAAGAUGACAGAUGUUUGUCAGUGCAGCACUGAAUAUUUUCAUGAUGAGCAAGGAAAGUGUUUGCUGCGAAUUCCUUCCAACACAGAUUGCAAUCAGACCAAUCAGUGUGUGCAUAACUCCACUUGUUCACCUUUGACCCAUCUCUGCACAUGUGACCUUGAUUUCUAUGCCACAGACAGUGGAAAGUGUGAGUCUUUGAUCAGUGCAGGUCAAGCCUGUAAUGAGAGCAGACAGUGCACACCUCAUUCCAACUGUUCUGUCACGACAAGUCAGUGUACCUGUCAACCAGAAUUCUACAGCAACAGUGGCAGAUGUGACAAACUUCUUCGUGUCAGUGACAAGUGUAACAGCAGUGUGCAGUGCACCGACAAUGCUUCCUGCUCCUCAGCAACUUCCCAGUGUGAAUGUCUCCCAGGUUUCUACAGAGAUGAGCAGAAUCUAUGUGUGCAGCUGGUCAAAGCUGGACAAGUCUGUCAAGAGACAACAAAGUGCACAUACCAUGCCAACUGUUCAACAGCAACUAACACAUGCCAGUGCAAUGAUGAAUAUUACAACAAUUCAAAGUCCACCUGUGAGGAGAGGAAGCCUGUUAGACAUUCUUGCAACCAAACCCAGCAGUGUACAUUAAAUUCUGAAUGUACAUCCAGUUUGACAGGCCAGUUUGCAUGUACAUGCCAGAUAGAUUUCUAUGAACUGAAUGGCAAAUGUCUGAGCCGGCUGCCUGUCUCACAAUCAUGUAAUCAGACAGAACAGUGUACCCACAAUGCCUACUGUAAUGCCAGCACAGCAGCAUGUCAGUGUUUGACCCAGUUUUACACAGACUCAAGAAAUAUGUGCAUCGACCGAGUUCCCUCAGGAGCAGCGUGCAACACAAGCAGUCAGUGUGUACAGCAUGCAAAUUGUGAAGGUCAGCCCUUGUUGUGUACAUGUGUACAUGGAUAUUUCGAGGCUUCUGGGUCUUGUCAAGAAGUGUUUCAGGUGGGCCUGCACUGCAACUCCAGCAGUCAGUGUGGGGAUCACUCUCACUGUACAACCAACAGCACUGAAGCUAGUAUCUGCCUGUGUGAUGGCGAUUACUAUCAACAUCUUGGGAACUGCUGGAAGAAAGAGACUGUUGGUAACAGGUGUGUAGACAGCAUACAGUGUACCCAUAAUGCCACAUGUUCUCUAAUGUCUCAAGUUUGUGAAUGUGUUGAUGGUUUCUAUAAUGACAGUGGAGUCUGUCGCCCCAUGGCAACAACUGGAGAAAGUUGCCAGCAUGACUUCCAGUGCGUCAACAACUCUUUUUGCACAGACAACAAUACUUGUGACUGCCUGCCAGAUUUCUACAACUCUAGUGGGUCAUGUCUAAAGAGAGUUGCCCCUGACAAACCUAGAUGCCAGAGUUCUCAUCAGUGUGUCCAUCAUGCUGAAUGCAACACCGCAUCUGGCCUCUGCUAUUGUUUACCCAGCUUCUUUGACUCCGAUGGCUUUUGUGUGCCUCGAACAGUUGUAGACCAAGCAUGUGACAACACUAGAGAAUGUACCCAUGAUGCUGAAUGCAACACACUAGGAGUUUGUGAGUGUCUCCACAACUUCUAUAAUGAUUCAGGUCACUGCAUAAAGAGAAUCAAAACAGAAGAGAAGUGCAACAGAACACAUGAGUGCACGCGGUUCAGCACCUGCAACAGUACACUUGGAGUAUGUCAAUGUGAAGCUGAUUACUAUACGUCCAAUCAGGAAUGUCUUCCCCGUAAACCAACAGAAACCACCUGCACAUCUUCAGAUCAGUGUACGUUGUUUGCAUCAUGCCAACCACAAGGGCUACAGCCACCAGGGCUAUGUCAGUGCUACUCUGAUUAUUACAACCAAUCAGGUGCAUGUAAACCACGAGCAUCUGUCAAUCAAACGUGUAGCUCCACCCAUGAGUGCACACAAUUUUCAUCUUGCACCACUGAAGGGGUUUGUGAAUGUAAUCCUGACUUCUACGUUGUGUCUGGCCAUUGUGAGAAACGUGUGCCGCCCACUCAAACCUGCAACUCAACACACCAAUGUGUAGCCAAUGCUGAGUGUAAUCCCAUGUCGCAGAUGUGCAUGUGUGUUUAUGAAUUUUAUACUGAGAAUGAUAUGUGCAAGCCACGUAAGAAAGUUGAACAGUCGUGUGAGGAUACUAAUAUGUGCACACAUAAUUCUAGUUGUGUCACGGGAGUGUGUAGAUGUGACGUGACAUUCUAUAACUCUUCAGGAGAGUGCUUGCCACGAGUCCACAUAGAUGAACCAUGUAAUCAAACACACCAGUGUACACAUAACUCAAUGUGUGACCCUACGUCUAAUUUCUGCGCUUGCCAGGAAUCAUAUUUUAAUGAAAGUGGAAUCUGUAAGCGUCGCCUCCUGGCAGACAAGCCUUGCCAGGACAGCCACGAAUGUACCCAUCAUGCCAUUUGCUCACCUUUGACCCAGAAGUGUGAGUGUGAGCCCGAUUUUUACAAUGAAACUGGUCUCUGUUUACAGAGAAUCAAGGUGAAAGACUCUUGUCUACGCACCCACCAGUGUACACAGUUUUCAUUUUGCGAUAAAUUUACAGACACGUGUCUCUGUGACCCUGAUUAUUUUAGCCAAUCAGGCCAUUGCAUUGCCAGGAAGGGACAUGGGGAACAUUGUAACUCAACUGUCCAGUGCACACAUGACGCCAGUUGUGAUCGCAUGGACAAAACCUGUCAGUGUCAUCCUCUUUUCUAUAGUUUGUCUGGAAUUUGUCACAAGAGGAUACCCAGUGGAGAAAUAUGUAACAGUUCACAACAAUGCACUCAUAACGCCAGCUGUGACCUAAAUUCCCAAAUUUGUGAAUGCCUACAGGAAUUCUUCCAAGAAAAUGGGCAGUGUUUUCUUCGUAAGGAUGUAGAGGAGGGAUGCAGUGCAACUUAUCAGUGCAUACAUAAUGCCAGUUGUUCCAAGUAUGAUGAUGUUUGCCGGUGUUUGCCAGAUUUUUACAGCAAGUCAGGCCAGUGUGUACAGAGAACUAAGGCAGGAGAGCCAUGUCGGAGCUCAUCUGAAUGCACCAAUCAUGCAGUUUGUAAUUCUGACAAUAAUACAUGCCAAUGUGACCAUGGGUAUUACAACCAAUCAGGAAGCUGUGAUAAGCAAUUUCCCGUUAAUCAACUUUGCCAGGAUUCACAUCAAUGUACGGUCAAUGCUGUAUGUGAUCCUUUAACUGGCACUUGCAAGUGCCUGGACUCUUUCUACAACACUUCAGCAGGAGAUUGUGGCAACAGGAUCAAGGUCAAUGGCAGAUGUGAACAAACACAUCAGUGUACCCAUAAUUCCAUAUGUGAUCCCUACGUUGGCCGAUGUCUGUGUUUAGGAACAUUUUACAACUCAACAAAUGGGCUUUGCUUUGAUAGAAUCAGAACAGAGGGGGAGUGCAACACAACACAACAAUGUACACAAUUUGCUUCUUGUGACUCCGGCACACAGACAUGCUCUUGCCAACCACAGUACUACAACCAAUCAGGCCUCUGCUACAAAAGAGUACCAGUCAGUGAUAAAACAACUAAUGAUUUUUGUGAAUAUACAUAUCAGUGUACCCCUCAUGCAGUGUGUAACCCAAUAUCCAGACAAUGUGAAUGUGAGCCAGAUUUUUACAAUGAAACAGGAAAAUGUCAACCCCGAGUUCCUGCAGGUCAGACAUGUUUGCAAACAUAUCAGUGUACCCAUAAAUCCGAAUGUGACCCUGUAGUCAAGCAAUGUCAGUGCUUAUCUGGCUACUAUGACCAUGUAAAUGGCAAUUGCCAGGAGCAGAUUUCUGCAGGAAACGUCUGUAACAGCAGCCACCAGUGUACGGGCAAUGCUCACUGUGUGGAACCCCUGUCACGAGCCAGCACAAUAUCUGACAACAGCGCUGUCAAAUGCAAUUCAACUGCUCUUAUAUGCCAGUGUGGAGUGAACUACUUUGAUGCAGGAGGAUCAUGCUCAAAAAAGAUGCCUCCAGGUGGCGCAUGCAGUGAUUUGGAACAGUGUGCCAUUAACUCCAGGUGUAAUUUAACCAGCUCCAUGUGCGAUUGUCAGCCAGAGUUCUACAACAAUAACGGCAUUUGCGUUACAAGAAUCAGAGCCGGCAAGUAUUGUGCUGACUACGGCCAGUGUGUGGCUCAUGCUGAGUGCGACCCCUCUACAAACAUCUGCACAUGUGAUCUCCCUUACUACAAAGACAUCAAUGAAUGUAAACCCAGAAUCAAACCAGGUGAUAAGUGCAGCAAAAUAGGUCAUUGUGUCACACAUUCAGAGUGUGACCUGGUCAAGAAAGAGUGUGUCUGUGACGAAUAUCAUUAUAACAACAGUGGUGUGUGUAAUGACAAACUCCGGCCAGGGUCUGCUUGUGCAGCUAUGGGUCAAUGUGUCCAGCUAGCAGAGUGUAACUUGACCAGCGGUCAGUGUCAGUGUCGGUCUGGAUACUUCAACCAGAAUGGUGAAUGCCAGGAUUUGAUAGACCAUGGCAGCAAUUGUGACAUAGAUCACCAGUGUACAUUUAAUUCAACAUGCCAGUUUGUCUCUAAAUAUGUUAAACAGUGCCAGUGUCUGCCAGAUUUUUACCCAAGCAAUGGCAAAUGUGAAAAAAGAAUUGAUGGUGGCCAUAUUUGUCAAGACAUUGGCUCAUGUGUUGCCAAUGCUGAGUGCUCCCCUGUAACUGGCCUCUGUCAGUGUAACCCCAACUACUAUCUCAACACUUCAGGUCAUGGUGUUUGUGAAAAGCUAAUCCCAGCUGACCAGCCUUGUCAAGAGGAAGGAACUUGCACUAAAGAUGCCACCUGUUCAUCAAAUCAUACAUGUGUCUGCCUUGAUGCAUUCUUCAAUUUUGAGGGCCAGUGCAAGCCUUUAACUCCGCCACAGCAUCCUUGUGAUGCUCUCAUUGAUAAAUGUGUCCCUAAUUCAGACUGCGUUAUACGAGUUCCAAAAAGAAACGUAUCCUUUACAGAACAAGACAUCCCUAUUUACCCCAAAAUGACUGCUCAUGCUCCAAGUGUAUGCCUGUGUGUGCCUGAAUAUUUUCCUUUCAACAACUCCUGCAUUGAAAAGAAGAAAACUGGUGAAAAAUGUUGGAGUGUGGACAUGUGCGUGUAUGGGUCCUUCUGCUCAGAGCUGCAUGACCAGACUUGCCAGUGCAAGCCAGAUUUUUAUCAAGAUCCACAAAAUAUGUGUAGAAAUCGUGUUCCUGCUGGUAAGAAUUGUUCAGCUCAAGGUCAGUGCGUUGCCUUUGCAGAAUGUGACCUUGACCAUACUACUUGCAUUUGCUCGACAAAUUACUUCCAAGAUGCUGAUGGCGUGUGUCAGGACAGGGUCAAGGCUGGGAAUACAUGCACAAACAUUGGUCAGUGCAUCCAUAAGGCCACUUGUGAUGCAAAAACGUUCACCUGCAUGUGUGAACCACAGUACUACAGCGACCUUGGGCAGUGCCUAGACAGAAAAAAAGCUGGCAGAGAGUGCAGCCAGAAAGGUCAGUGUGUGCAGAAUGCUGAAUGUGAUGUCCAAACUGGCUUCUGUCAAUGUCAAGUCGGAUACUACAGUGAAGCUGGGACCUGUGUGCCUUUAAAGCCAACUGGGGAUACUUGCAGUUCAUCCACCCAAUGUUCUUUCAACUCCACGUGCUUCAAGCCAGGGAUGAUUUCUCAGGGUAUCUGUCAGUGUGAUGCCGAGUUCUACGCCAGUCUUGGAGGGUGUCACACCAGGUUAGGGCCAGAAAAUGGAACUGUCUGCCUCCCACUGAUAGAAGCUGGCGGUGUCUGUACACGGAAUGGAACCUGCACCACUCAUGCUGUUUGUCAAGGUGGCCAUUGUGUCUGUGUGGGAGAGCACUUUCCUCGUGAUGGUCAGUGCAAGAGCUUCAUAAAACCAGGUGUGGUUUGUGACCCAGAUCUGGACGUUUGUGUGGCCUUCAGUCAGUGUCACUCACUUGAGGCUAACUCUGGAGACACAACUUGCACGUGUGUGGCUGGAUUCUUUCCUUCCGGAGACAAGUGCCAGGAAGCCAUUAAGGCUGGGGAGCCGUGCUCUGGGCGAGGUCAGUGUGUGCCGGGAGCUGAAUGUCGAGCUGACCUUGGUUGGGUGUGCACAUGCGACUACUCACUUUACGUAGAUAACUAUGGUGACUGCCAGAAACGCAAGCCACCAGGAAAACCUUGCAAUGACAGCAAAGAGUGUGUGAAAGAUAGCACAUGCAGGGGUGAUGGUGCCAACAUGGUGGAGCCUGCCAGUGAUGGAUUUGUGUGUCUAUGUGAUAGAGGAUUUGUAGCUGCUGAAGAUCUGUGUAUAA